AUGGUUGAGGGCAACAGAGAUGUGUUUGGUGUUGAAGUGAAGUCUGUGUCGGCGACUGAAGGAGACUCUGUCUUUCUACACAUCAGUGUUACAGAGGAACAGAGAACUAAUGAGAUCGAGUGGCGGUUUGAAAAUGAUAUUCUGAUAGCUAAACUCAACAGAAUGAAUAAUAUGAGCACAUUCUAUAAUGAUAGUGCUGGCGGGAGAUUCAGAGGGCGACUGAAGCUGGACAGUCAGACUGGAUCUCUGAUCAUCACAAACAGCAGAAGCACAGACUCUGGACUUUAUCAAGUAACCAACAUAAACAGCAAACCACUCUUCACAUUCACCUUUACUGUCUAUGCUCGUCUACCUGUUCCUGACAUCCUCUUCAGCUCUUCUCAAUGUUCUUCAUCAGUGCAGUAUUGUUCAGUGGUGUGUUCAGCGGUGAAUGUGAGGUCUGUGAGUCUCUCCUGGUACAAAGGAAACAGUUUAUUGUCCAGCAUCAGUGUGUCUGAUCUCAGCAGCAGCAACUCUCUACCUCUGGAGGUGGAAUAUCAGAAUAACAGCACCUACAGCUGUGUGGUCAACAACCCCAUCAGCAACCAGACCACACAUCUGGACAUCAACACACUCUGUCAGCCAUGUUUAGAGUCUUGUUCAGAGAACUACGUCCAUGCUUAUGGAUUCACUGAAGCUGUGAUCCGAUUGGCUCUCUCUGCUGUGGUGGGUGUGGUCACAUUUGCUAUGCUGGUUUAUGAAGUCAGAUCCUGA